AUGCAGCACCAUCAAUCACUUAGUAACACGUUUGAAAAUAAUAUAAUACGCGCAACCACCGCGUGCGAUCCUCGAAUCCGGUGUGCGGCGGCUGCGGCUCCGAAAAUCGAUAGACUUCGUAUUGAUUUAACGCGAAAAGCGGGGUUGUUUUAUCUCAUCGAUCCACAGGGCACGGCCGGCGUCGCAUCGAGCGUCGGUGCGCGCGCGUGCGCGGCGACCGGCGCCCGCCCUGCCGCCUGCAGUGCCCUACCACCCUGUUCACGCGCAAACUAUUACAUAUUAUCUAUUGUUAUAUACCGAACGGACCUACAAACUAGGGAG